ACCCAGAUAGCAGUCGCUGCUUUCCAGACUAACCUGGAGGGAUAUCUCGUGGAGCCCGCCCCGGUUAGAGCAGUGGCCGCUCGUGAUGAAGGCUGUAGCAAGCUACCCAAGCUCUGCACAGAUACGGUGCUACUCCACGGUGGUCAGACGAUUCUCACCUAUCUGUGCCCCGAGACUCAGGGCCCGACUGCCACUGUCACUAUCACCUCGACUACUACUCGUACUGUGACUGGCAGCGCCACCCAUUCCCCAUCUUCUGGUCAGGCUGGGCUUUCUGUCUUUGCUUGCGAUGAACUUACCACGACUAUGACAGUCCAGUCAACGACGCAAGUCACGGUUACAGAGAAGGUCAUCAGAGCUAGCACCGCUACCACCCCUUCAAUCCUCCCGCCACCGGCUAUCAUCACUGCUACUUUUACAGCAAUCCCGCUCUCUGAGUUACGACCACCGUUCCCCAUCAAGCCGACGUGGUCUGAGUUCAAGAAUGUGUCUACCACGAGUUCUCCAGCAGCUACCGGGAUGAGGGAGCCUCCGGUCUUCAACUUGACCUCCCCAGUCAUAAACUUCACCUCUUUCGACUUGUUCCCCACUCACGCACCCACUAACUCUUCUUCGACUAUCUACAUCCCCUCGACUACCCCUGUUGUUUCGGUCACCUACUAUCCACAUUCACCCACUAACAGCACCUCGUCCGGCAUUGGAUAUAACGUUCCCAGUUUGAAUGUCAUCAGACAGGCCGGAUCUACUACGACUGUCACCACUACUGCCUCUGGCAUCAUCACGACUGAGACAGAUAUGGCUAAUGAGAGUGGCAAUGGCGUAUCUUUCGUUGCGCUAUUCCUCGGCAUGGUGGCCACUGCUCUCAUGUUCUGA